CCUACCGUACCUCCKGUACCAAGCCGUACGGUGCACAAUCGGUACGUACCCUGUGAUGGUCUUUGCCGCCAACGAGAGAGCCGACCAAAAGGAAACAGAAAAGACRGAACWACGGGACGUACCUACCGAACCGAGAAUGGCAGGAACAACGAGUUCUGCCGCCCGCCGUGCGGUGCCGCACUUCCCGCUGGCCCUCCUUCUCCUGCCGCUGGUCUUUCUUGCACCGCCGGCGGCUGCGGCCCUCGCAUCGGAAUCCCCUCCCCGGGCCGACGAUCCCACAACUGCUACCUGUCCCGGUUCCGCCACCACGACGCUCCGAGAGUUCCUGUAUCCCGGCAGCAACAAGGACAACAACAGCGACGACGACGASGACGACGACGCAGACGUCUACCUCGCCAUGGGCCCCGCGUUCUUUGGGUUCUACGGCUACUUUGGCGCGCUGGAGGGAAUGGAGGACGCGCUCUUUSGGAGCGGCGGCGGGGGCGGCCCCCCCGCUUCCUCGUCCCUGCUGGUCGACCGGGGGGUCCUGAGCGGGGUGGCGGGCGCCUCCGCCGGUGCCAUGGCCGCCGUCCUGCUGGCCGCCGGGAUCGCUCCGGGCAAGGCGGCCUCCUUUGUCUCGGACCUGGGCCUGUCGGACUUUGCCGAUCCCGGCGGCCUGGGCGGCGUCCUCCGGGGGGACCGCUUCGAAUCCAUCAUGGAGGCCUUUMUGGCCGAGGCCUCGCCCAUCGCCGGGGCCGGGGGAAGGAGAGACCGCCGCCGGUUCCCGUGGCUGGAACUGGAGGACUCCCUCGUCCCGGUGGCGGUGUCGGCGGUGGACGUCCUCCCGAGGGUCCGGACCGGCCCCUCCAACGCCACGGCGGCGGCGGCGCGCGGGCCCCUCCGGUGGGUGGCCGAGGCCUUUCUCCCGACCCCCAAGAUCCUCACGAGGGGAUCGAUGGCGCGCGCGGCCCGGGCCUCGGCGUGUUUUCCGGGGCUCUUCCAGCCCGUGGGGUGGGUGGAACACCGCGGCGGCGACGGCGACGGGAGCGUCGAUUACUCGCUGCUGAUCGACGGCGGGAUUUUCGAUUGGGCCGGCUACAAUGGGCUGAGGGAGAUUGUGCACAGCAGCAACAACACCAACACCACCAACAACAGCAGCAACAACAACAACAAAUMCACAAACACGAAACGCAAAAAAAUACGCGUCCUCAACAUGGUGGUGGGGGGCUUUGGGACCUCCCCCCCCGGGCCCGCUUCCGUCGCAAAGGGCCUCGGCGUCACCACCCACGACGACAAGGAAACCACGGGGGGCUCCGUCGUCCUCGACUCGGUCCUCUCGCUGUCCAUCCGUGGCCUCCCGGGCUGCGGCCCCCUSUCCAUGUCCAACGGCCCGCUGGCGGUCCGGGCGGCGAGGGCCGCCGUCGCGGGGGCCAUGGACCGGCCCCUGGUGGCAACGGCGGCGKCGUCGUCGUUUUCUUCCGCACCGGCGUGCGGGGGGGACGAACGCGAGAAGCGAUCGCGCCACUUUGUGCUCGAGGUCGACGCGUCGGCCGCUCAAGCUGCUUCCGGCGAGUGAGAAAGGACGCCGCCACCGGUGCCGCCGUUCGGACACGGAGGCCGUUCGGUUCCGCACCACGCUACGCUACGCUAUGCAAA